AUGGAGGGGUUUAACCAUUCCAGAGUGUCCGAAUUUGUGUUACUGGGACUCACUGAUUCUUCUGACCUUCAAAUUUUAUUCUUUGUGAUUUUUUUUAUUUUUUAUUUAAUGACCAUGUUGGGCAACUCUUUGAUUUUGCUCACAGUCAUGUCCACCCCACAGCUUCAUUCCCCCAUGUAUUUUCUGCUCAGCAAUCUCUCUCUUAUUGACAUGUGCCUGUCCUCUUUUGCCACGCCAAAGAUGAUCAUGGACUUCUUUGCUCAGCGCAAGACCAUCUCCUUUGAGGGAUGCAUUUCCCAGAUCUUCUUUUUGCAUCUUUUCACUGGGACUGAGAUUGUGUUGCUGAUCUCUAUGUCUUUUGACAGGUACAUUGCUAUAUGCAAACCUCUCCAUUACUCAACAAUUAUGAGCCAAAAAGUCUGCAUUGGGCUUGUGGUAACUUCUUGGACAGUGGGUUUCCUGCAUACAAUGAGCCAGUUAGCUUUUACACUCUACUUACCCUUCUGUGGUCCCAACAUAAUAGACAGUUUCUUCUGUGACCUUCCUUUGGUCAUCCAGUUGGCUUGUAUAGAUAUAUACGUUCUUGGACUCUUCAUGAUCUCAACUAGUGGUGUUAUUGCUCUUAUAAGCUUUUUACUUUUGCUCAGUUCCUACAUCAUUGUUCUUAAAACUAUUAAGAGCCACUCCUCCACAGGAUCAUCUAAGGCUUUUUCCACCUGCACUGCACAUUUCAUAGUUGUGACAAUGUUCUUUGGGCCCUGCAUCUUCAUCUAUGUGUGGCCUUUCACAAAUUUCAUGAUGGACAAAGUUCUUUCUGUUUUCUAUACCAUCUUUACCCCUUUUUUGAAUCCACUUAUCUACACUUUGAGAAACCAGGAAGUGAAAACAGCUAUGAAGAAGAAACUAAAUAACCGGUAUUUGAGCCUUGGGAAAACAUCUCCAAGAUAUCCAGUGAAAUGA